GCCUGAAUUGUCUCAUCCAUUUCGAUGAGAUGGUGAUCUGAUUGUUCUUGUUUCUUGCCUUCAUACUCUGUGUGAAGUUGUGAAACUAAUCUUUCCCGUUAUGUCCUGAAGACCUUGUUUUGAAACUUGGUCAUUUUCUGAUAGUCCGCACUUGUUUAGGCUUGUUACAUGAAUAGAAUUUUUGUGUGCUCUUUUGCCACAAUUGGAAAAUCUGGGGAGUUGCAGAGACUUUUGUUAUUGAUCUUGUCAGUCUCUACAGCAUAGCUGGUGGAGAAUUUGUUUUGUUUGUCACAUGACCAGUGGAAGAUGGGCAAACCCUCUACUUUGUGAGAGAUUCAAGGCUAUCUUAGCAAAUUUUGAAAUGGAUAAUGAUUAUUGGAAUCCUCAUUAUCUUGAUACUUGUCUGAAAUUAAUUAUUGCACUGUUCUUGGAAUCUGUUUUGAAUUGUCCUUGAAAACCAUUCUUGUUCUGAAACUGGUUCUUGCUCAAAUUCUGUAUACUGCUCUUGCUCAAUUCCGCAUAUUCUAUUAGUUCUUGUUUCAGUAUACCUGUUGAUCUUCUUGAUCUUCUUGAUUUUGAUAUUUGUUCAUAUGGACACCUCUUUAGGAGGGGUGACGAUUAUCAGAAGAUACCUAUAUGAGGUAUUCUAAAUUUUUGUCUCUUGCAAGUGUUAGUCUCUGUAUUCUUGAUGUCUUAGCUUGACUUGACUCUGGAAUGUAUAGGCUAAGCAGAUUGUAGUCUCCAUGAGCUACGAGGUGAAGGGUUAAUCUUUGAAACACUUGAUGUCCUAGAGUUUUGUUUCAAUUGAAAUUGUUCUUGAUUCCAGCCAUUGUUUUGUUCUGUUAAUUAAUUCUAGUACUUGAG